CUUCGCACGUUACCAACGUAGAUGCUAAUGUCAGUCCCUGUGUUUCCAGACACAAAAAAAAAAAAAAAUACCAUCUUUCAUCUCCAUUUCCUCUUCUUUCACUUCACCAUCCAACACUUGAGCUCCAAUUCCUCUCUCUUCCUCACUCUUCUCUCUCACUAAAAUCCCCUUCAUGCCUCACCCUUUUUCCUUUCUUUUCUUUCAUCUAUUGUGGUUUGAAGUUGGUUUCUUUUUUUUUGUUCUUCUUUUCUCCAGCUGCGUAAAUGGUGAUGAUGAUUCAAAAUGUAGGUAGCGUAGGGAAUUAGUUUAAGCUAUGAAAAACAAGUUUCUCCAAACUGGGCAUUCCUCACUAUUUCUAAAAACAAAAACUUUGGACUAGCUUUUGGAAUCUGCAUUGGGUUCCCAUAAGGGUUAAGCGGGAAGCAUGAAGAACUUGUACUGGUUUAAAGAAAUUUCUAACAACGUGAGAUCAGGGAGAAGGCUUUCACUUGGGGAGUAUAAGCGAGCGGUGUCAUGGUCCAAGUAUUUGAUCUCUUCGGGGGCAGCCAUAAAGGGAGAGGCUGAAGAAGAAUGGAGUGCUGAUCUGUCUCAGUUGUUCAUUGGGUCCAAGUUUGCUUCUGGGAGGCAUAGCAGGAUCUACAGAGGCAUCUACAAGCACAUGGACGUUGCAAUUAAGCUGGUGAGUCAACCGGAGGAGGAUGAGGACUUAGCCGUUUCGCUAGAGCAGCAAUUCACUUCUGAGGUUAAUUUGCUCUUUCGAUUGCGCCAUCCAAAUAUCAUCACCUUUGUUGCAGCUUGCAAGAAACCUCCUGUGUUCUGCAUUAUUACUGAAUAUUUGGGCGGGGGUUCGUUGAGAAAAUACUUGAUUCAGGAAGGACCACAUUCGGUUCCUCACAACGUUGUUCUGAAAUUAGCCUUAGACAUUGCUCGGGGAAUGCAAUAUCUUCAUUCUCAGGGUAUACUUCACAGGGAUCUGAAAUCAGAAAACCUGCUGUUGGGGGAAGAUUUGUGCGCAAAAGUAGCAGAUUUUGGGAUCUCAUGCUUGGAAUCUCAGACUGGUAGUGCAAAAGGAUUCACUGGAACAUACCGUUGGAUGGCACCUGAAAUGAUCAGAGAAAAGCGUCACACCAAAAAAGUAGAUGUCUAUAGUUUCGCCAUAGUUCUAUGGGAACUCCUAACAGGAUUGACCCCAUUUGACAACAUGACACCAGAGCAGGCAGCAUAUGCAGCCACUCACAAGAAUGAAAGGCCUCCGUUACCAUGUGAGUGUCCACGGGCAUUUAGUCAUCUGAUAAACAGAUGCUGGUCAAGCAAUCCAGAUAAAAGACCACAUUUUGAUGAGAUAGUUGCGAUUUUGGAGAGCUAUAGUGAAGCACUUGAGGAGGAUCCACAGUUUUUAACCACUUACAAACCACGUCCUAAUAAUCUUAUUCUCAGAUGCUUACCCAAAUGUAAUACUACUGCCAAUCUAUCUGCUUCUACCAAACCUUAACACUAUAUUUCCAAUAAUGUCACAUCAAUUGUAUUAAAUCCCACGAACCAAAAAUAUGUUAUAUGUUUAA